GCAUCAUGCCCAAACCGAGCGCCAACAUGAGUGGAGUGCAGUGCCUCGCCUCGGAGAACAUCUGGUUCGACAAACACCGCUACGAUGAGGCGGAGAGGCGUUUCUACGAAGGCGCCAACGGCCCGUCCUCGCCACAGCAACAGGUGAAAUCCGCCCUGCAGCAGGCCAAAGGGCGCCAGCAGAAACGGCAGCACAGAAACUCGUCCUCACAUGCUGGAGGAGACCAGGAGCUGGUUUCACGCAUGAAGAGCCUGGAGAUGGAGAACCACACUCUGCACAAAGUGGUGCAGGACAUGAGAGCCGCCCUGCAGAAGCUGGAGUCCAGGGUUGCGAUGCUGGAGAAGACUCCUGCAGCAGCUGCUCCAUGUGCUAAGGCUGCCCCCGUCCAGGCUGCUCCCGUCAGACAGGUGAAGGUGGAGAACGGUGACGAUGACGACGACGACGACAUGGACCUGUUCGGCAGUGACGACGAUGAUGAGGAGGCAGCACGCCUUAAGCAGGAGCGCCUGGACGCCUACGCCGCCAAGAAAGCCAAGAAACCUGCCCUGAUUGCCAAGUCCUCCAUCAUCCUGGACGUGAAGCCUUGGGACGACGAGACGGACAUGGCGAAGCUGGAGGAGUGCGUGCGCUCGGUGCAGAUGGACGGGCUGCUGUGGGGCGCCUCCAAGCUGGUACCGGUCGGCUACGGCAUCAAGAAGCUGCAGAUCAACUGCGUGGUCGAGGAUGACAAGGUCGGCACCGACAUCCUGGAGGAGGAGAUCACCCAGUUUGAGGACUUCGUCCAGAGUGUCGACGUCGCUGCCUUCAAUAAGAUCUGAGCUCCACCGGCACUUCCCCCGCUCCACCAAAGUGUUGCUGCUGCUCCCGGCUUGUACGGUUAAUAAAGCUAAGCUUUGAGCACCAA